AUGGCGCGCGCGCGCGAGGACGUCGACCUCGCGUGCGUCGUCCUCGACGCCGACGACGACGUGUACUAUCGCUCGCGACGCGCCCCGUGGGCGUUACGACGCGUGCGCGAUGGCGCGACGGUGUGCGAGCGACGCGCGGCGAUCACGUGCGCGCGCGCGACGGCGCCCGGACGCAUCGCCGUGGGUGACGCGGAUGGAUACCUCGCGGUCGUCGUCGUCGGCGACGACGGCGCGACGUCGACGACGGUGGAGACGCGGAUAGAUGUCCAGGCGGUGACAUCGAUCGGGGCUGGGAUGGGGUACGCGUCGACGAAGGAACGGGUGGUGGAGAUGUGGACGUCGAAUGCGGCGGUCGCGCCGCGGCGGCGGUGGACGCUCCCGCGACUCGCGCCGUUAGUCGCGGCGGAGGGACGGGAACGGGAUUCGGAUGGGUCGGUGACCAUCAUCGCCGUCGGUGGUGCCGCGGUAGCGCUGACGAUGGCGGAGCCGAUGGUGAGGGAAUCGGCGAGGUUGGCGUCGACGACGUCUUCCUUCUUCAGGCGCGCGGCGUCCACGGCGCUGAGCGUGGUGAAAUCGGUGGUCGAACCGAACGCCGAGCUCGGUGAGAACGCGGUGGCGUACGAGGGUGAGGAUAUGGAAGCGGUGUCGUCGCUUCCGCGCGAGCGCACGACGUGGAUACACGCGUUCGUGGAUGCGCCGAGACGGUACGGCGCGUUUGAGUUCGCCCGAGCGCUGGACGUCUUCGCCGUCGCCGACGUCGCGAGACAUCGCGUGCUCGUCUUCCGUCUCAUCGGCGCUCGAUCGAUUCGAUUGAUUUCCACCAUAAAAGGAUGCCGUGGCGCCACGUUCGCGUUCGACGUCGAGCGAAGAGCGCUCGUGAUUCACCGGCCGAGCGUUCGCGUCGUGGAGGCGAGGCGGCUCCGAGACCCGCUCGAGGACGUCGUGGAGGUCAUACGAGACGCCGCCGACGUCCUCCGAGUCAUCCCCGCGGACGUCGGGCCCGACCGCGUGCCUCGUGUUUUGAUUUGCGAUGAGAGCGGCGCCGUUCGAGCGCGUCGCGUAGAUUUCUAG